GUUAUUCCGAGGUCGUGAGUUAAACGAAACGGAACAAAAGGCAGCUUGUUUUCUCCACGGAUUAAUUUUUCAGUAUGUCGCAGAAACUGCUGAAUUAUCACACAGCCGGUUUUGUCAACACUUCCUCCAUGUGAAGCACGGGACCCGAGAGCUCUGCUGGAUUGGUCCGUCACAACGUCGUUAUCGGUCUGCUACAAUCUCUCGUCUGUCAAACAGCUAGCUAGCUGUCGGUGUGUAGACGCUACUCAGACCGCAGCUGAAGGAGGCUAAAGAACCUCACAAUUGUGACUUGUAGGCCAGAGGAACACGUUAAGUUUCCGCUCUUGUGUCAUAGGCACCAUUACCAUCUGAUGGAGAAGUGGUUGUCAGUCUUUGUGAAGAGGCACCAUGUUUCCUUGUCAUAUAAGCCCCUGGCCCUCUGCUGAGCCACCGGCCUCCUGUGGCAGCCAUGCACCCCCAGCGCAGCCCUCACAACCCCUGCCUGAUCUACUGUGCAGCUGUCCCACUCCGCCUAUGAACACCCAUUCUGAGACACCCUCCCCAGACCCCAUGGAGUCCCUCAUUGUGGUCACAGAGUACGAACCUAGCAGACCACCUGGAGAGGCAGGGGAGGAGGAGGAGGUAGAAGAAAUGGACAGCUCUGAGAUGUCUGAGCCAGCUUCCUCUAUGGCAGCAACUUUCCGGACUCCAUCCUGCGACCUGCUAUCCCACACAGUUGGCCAGCCAGAGUCUCUGCUGCCUGAAAGCCAAGAGCAAAGGGGGAGAUUAAACCUGUCAGACAGGAAGCUAUCUUUGCAAGAGCGUUCACAUACUGCAACAUCACCAUGCAGUUCUCCAGGACUUAACGGGCGCUAUAUUUAUCCAUCAUUACCCUACUCCCCCAUUACAUCACCCCAUUCCACUCCACGCUUACCCCGCCGGCCCACUGUGGAGUCCCACAGUGUUUCCAUUAUAGACCUCCAGGACUGUGUUCAACUCAACCAGUACAAGCUGAAAGAUGAGAUUGGAAAGGGCUCCUAUGGCGUUGUCAGGCUGGCUUACAAUGAGGAUGACAACACAUACUAUGCGAUGAAGGUAUUAUCCAAGAAGAGGCUGAUGAGGCAGGCAGGUUUCCCACGGAGGCCUCCCCCUCGUGGAGCCAAAGCAGCCCCUGAAGGUCCUCCUCAGCCCAAAGGACCCCUGGAGCGGGUCUAUCAAGAGAUUGCCAUCCUUAAAAAGCUGGACCAUCCUAAUGUGGUGAAACUAGUAGAGGUUUUAGAUGACCCCAGCGAGGACCAUCUGUACAUGGUGUUUGAGCUGGUCAAGCAAGGGGCUGUGAUGGAGGUGCCGGCAGAUAAAGCUUUCAGUGAAAACCAGGCACGCUUUUACUUCCAGGAUCUGCUCAGGGGAAUUGAGUAUUUACAUUACCAGAGGAUCAUCCACCGAGACAUCAAGCCCUCAAACCUGUUAGUUGGAGAGGAUGGACACAUCAAGAUAGCUGACUUUGGAGUUAGUAACCAGUUUGAAGGAGCUGAUGCCCUCCUGACAAGCACAGUGGGGACGCCGGCUUUCCUUGCCCCUGAAGCACUCUCUGACACCAGAAAGAACUUCUCUGGAAAGGCUUUGGAUAUUUGGGCCAUGGGAGUAACACUUUAUUGCUUUAUCUUUGGAGUGUGUCCAUUUAUGGAUGAGCGCAUCCUUAGUCUUCAUCAGAAAAUCAAGACACAACCUGUGGAGUUAUCUGAACAUGCUGAUAUAUCAGAUGAUCUCAAGGAUUUAUUGCUGAAAAUGCUGGACAAGAAUCCAGAGACCAGGAUAUCAGUCCCCCAGAUUAAGGUGCAUCCGUGGGUGACGAGGCACGGUGCCGAGCCCCUCCCCCCGGAGGAUGAUAACUGCUGUACAUUGAUUGAGGUGACAGAGGAGGAGGUGGAGAAUUCUGUUAAACACAUCCCUAGCCUGGCUACAGUGAUCCUGGUGAGAACCAUGCUGAGGAAGCGCUCCUUUGGCAACCCCUUUGACUGGGGCCGUAAAGAGGACCGCAGCAGUUUGUGUGCUCCAGGGCAAACACUCACAAAGCAGGAGAGUGGUGAGGGCAAGAGGAAUAUGGAGCUGCCCUACGUGGGAGAGGAUGAGGCUCUUUCCUGAUGGUAUCUGCCUGCCUGCAAGCACACAGCACAACACCCCUUUACUCACACUUAUAUACUGACAGCCCACACCUACGUACAUUUCCUAGGAGGUGGACAAGUGUGGCAGACACAGCAGAAAGGGAGAAAUCUAAGGCGCGUUGGCAACUGUUUGCUAAGCUUUUAUUCCACCUUCUUCUUUUAUAAGGCUCAGCUUAUGGUUGUGGGGUCUGUGACUGUCAUGUGGGAACCUUCCAGGAGAGCAUCAUCCUGAACCUUGAACCUGUCUGUGGCUCUUAUUACCCAACCCGCUCUCCUCCUCUUAUCCGGAAUGCAUUUAUAGCCCUAGCAUGCUUUGUCUCAGGCUUCAACUGUACAGUUUUGUGUUUUAUCGUAGUUUAGCCACUUGUGUUUCUCUUUACUUGACAAUACUUUCAGGUAUACUGGGCAUGGGAAGGGAAGAUGCUGAUGGUUUAUUUGAAGGGGUGAUUGUCUUCACCAUCACCUCAACAUUUUAGUAGAGCAGGCUUCUUGACAAUGAUUGUCUGGUUCACUAUGCUUCCGAGCAGCAGUGCCCAGUUUUGUAAUAUAUUUUAGAGCAAAGAAUCUGUACAGUUUUCCAGAACUGAAAAAAGAGGAGUGGAAAAAAUGUUUACUUCAUUGCAUGUGUUUACUUUCCCAAUGCAAGCACUGUAUAAGCUAUUUAUAACCCCUGGCAGGCUCAUAGACACUUGUUUGUCGCAGUGUAAUUGUUAGUCUUAUUACAGGCUCUAUUAAGUUUCCCAUUUACUACAAUCGAUAGAAAGCUUUAAAAACUGUUGACAUCAUGGUUUGUGAACAAUCAAAUUAUAUGCCGUAAUGAUACGGCAUACAAGAUGGCAUAGAAAAAUUAGGUUUUUCUUUUCUUUUCUUUUUUUUUGCAAAGCUUCAAGUGAAUCUUUUGCUAUACAUUUUAAAGUUCAUAGAGCUGCAACAAAAUGAGUAACGACUGUACUGGUCUGCCAAA